AAUCUUGAAGGUAUUCCAUCACAUUUCAAUUUUGCCUAUAUUAUGGGCGUCGCGUUAUUACAACAAAAGCAUCAUCACGUAAUUGAAGAGACAAUUGCAAAAUAUUCAGGAGAUUAUGAUAUUUAUUUGGUUUGUUCAAAUUAA